AUGAACGGCACGGCAAGAACUUGGUAUUGGAACUCUGGGAUGUCUGACAAUAUUGAUAAAGCCUCGUCAUCAUAUGACACACAACCUAAGCCAAAGCUAUCCGCUCAGACGCCACACAUCCAGGCUACUACGGGUCCGAUGCUGGUACCAAUUGUCGGGGUUGUCGGCUUGUCUGAGCCAACGAGCGUCAGCUUCGCGGGUGAGGGCGUCGUGGGCUUCUUUGGCGGCAAGGACAUCUGGUUCUACCGGGUCCAUGAUCUCCGCGUCGGUGAGAUCAUGAUCUACGACACUAUCGGCAAUGAUCAAUUAAGAUGA